AUGGGCAAUCUGCCUCAGGGUCGAGUGACUCCCGGCGGUUUUCCCUUCGAGAGCGUUGGCGUCGAUUAUGCUGGACCUAUUAUGUCCGCCAGUCGUCAAGGCCGUGGUUGCAAGCUUACGAAAGUGUAUAUUCUCAUCUUCGUUUGUUUUGCGACAAAGGCUGUACACCUGGAGUUAACAGGCGAUCUAACAAGUAAUAAUUACUUAUCAGCACUUCGUCGAUUCAUUUCACGUCGCGGAAAACCUAAACACAUAUACUCCGACAACGGAACUUCAUUCGUAGGCGCAUACAACGAAAUCGGUCGUUUUAUAAAAGACAAUUGCAAUUCACUGUCCGAGAAUUUGGCUCAGGAAAAUAUAAAUUUCCAUUUCAUUCCUCCGCAAGCCCCUCACUUUGGCGGUCUUUGGGAAGCAGGCGUUAAGUCAAUAAAAUAUCAUUUACGGAGAAUAUUAGGUGUACUGAACUCUCGUCCGCUGACACCUCUCUCCACGGAUCCUGAUGACUUACUGCCAUUAACCCCGGGACAUUUCCUCAUCGGCCGCCCCAUCACCUCUCUUCCUUCUCAAAAUUAUGAAGAAGUCCCUAGCAGUAGACUGAGUCGAUACCAACGCAUCCAACAACUUCGUCAACAUUUUUGGAGAAGAUGGAGCAAGGAAUAUCUCUCAGAACUCCAGCAGAGAUCAAAAUGGCGUUCCAAUGCUGACACUUUAGGGACGGGUGAUCUUGUAGUUCUGAAGGAAGACAAUUUACCGCCGCUCAAAUGGCGACUGGGUCGAAUUACAGCCUUUCAUCCCGGAGCCGACGGCAUCAACCGCGUUGCCGAUAUCAGAACUGCCACCGGAAUCGUCCGAAGACCUUUCUGCAAAAUCUGCCCUUUACCUAACAACAAGGAAGGCUAA